UCCAGCAGUAACGCGCAAAGAUGCUCUGAAAGCAAGAUUGCAGCAUCUCCGAGUCAGAGCCUACAAAAAACAUUGCAUCUCCAGUCAUUGCACUUCUCUCCCUGGACUCUAUUCAACACCAUCUUCACUUUCUAACUGCAAGGUUUAUCCACCUGCAUGCGUGAUCCGUGGAUCCGAUUGAACGCUGUUUUUUCGUUCACCUCUUCUAUAUUUUCACGUCAUUAUUUAUUAUUCGCGUAAGUUUCACAUUUUUAGUACUGAAUCUUUUUAGUUUUGCCGACCAUUGAGGUCAUAAGUCAUUUUCACGAGGAGAGCGCCAUCAAAGAGCGCUGCUUGAUAUUUAAAGGGAAUAACUCGCCACGAGUGAGGACGUUUAACACAUCGUUUGAAAGUAUCAGUACGUCCUGAACGUAAUCGAGGCACUGGAUAUCGAUGCGUCUUUAAUUCUGUAUCUGCGCUACUGCGGAGGAUCGCAACCACAUCGACGCACCCCACACAUCAACAUCAUCGUGGUUUCGCAUUUUGAAACACCAUAUCUGAUACGCAUCGUGCAUAGGAGAAACGUCUAAAGCUUCUUUAUAAAAAUGAUGGCCGGUGGGGCAGUGCAGCAAAACGGGAUUUUCUCCAAUCCGCAUCAUCACAAUCAACAGCCGCACAUGGAGUCCGAUCCCCCCGAUUCCCGCAAAAGACCCCUGGAGACCCCGACGGAGGCCAGCAGCACAAAACGCACAAACACAGGAGAGAGAUGCAACCAUGCGGCCAUCCAUGAUCCUCCAUUUUCAUCAGAUUUUGUCGGAUUUCACGAGGAAGGUGAAUAUUUCUUAAAGGUGCUGAUUCCAAGCUACGCCGCAGGCUCCAUUAUUGGCAAGGGUGGUCAGACCAUUGUCCAGCUGCAGAAAGAAACAGGGGCCACCAUCAAGCUGUCCAAAUCCAAAGACUUCUACCCAGGAACAACAGAGCGUGUUUGCUUGAUUCAGGGCACCGUAGAGGCACUCAACAGCGUCCAUGAUUUCAUUGCGGAGAAAGUACGGGAGAUGCCGCAGAGCGCUCAAAAAUCAGAGCCGGUCAGCAUACUUCAGCCACAGACCACCGUCAACCCCGACCGUGUCAAACAGGCCAAGCUUAUAGUGCCCAACAGCACGGCAGGACUGAUCAUCGGCAAAGGCGGGGCCACGGUGAAAGCUGUCAUGGAGCAGUCUGGUGCCUGGGUGCAGCUCUCGCAGAAACCAGAAGGCAUCAACCUGCAGGAGCGCGUGGUCACCAUCAGCGGGGAACCUGAGCAGAACCGGAAAGCCGUGGAGAUCAUUGUGCAGAAGAUCCAGGAAGACCCACAGAGCAGCAGCUGUCUCAACAUCAGUUACUCCAACAUCUCCGGCCCAGUGGCCAACUCCAACCCCACCGGUUCCCCCUACGCCAAUUCGGCAGAGGUGAUGCCGUCCGCUGCCGCAGCGGCCGCGGCCACAGCCUCCAGUCUCCUGGGUCAGGCGAGUCUGGCAGGAGUGGGCGCUUUCCCCACCACUAUGUCCAGCUUCUCAGGGAACGACCUGCUGACUAUCACGUCCGCACUGAACACGUUAGCCAGCUAUGGAUACAAUACCAAUUCCCUGGGUCUGGGGCUCAACCCUGCGGCUGCCUCAGGAGUCCUCGCUGCUGUGGCUGCUAGCGCUAACCCCGCUGCAGCUGCAGCCGCCAACCUGCUAGCCUCCUACGCCAACGAUGCGUCCACCAGUGUCGGCCAUCCGGCCAGUUUGGGAGGCUUCACGUUAGGAUCGCUAGCCGCUGGAGCCACCAACGGCUAUCUGAGCGCUGCUUCCCCACUGGUAGCAAGUUCUCUAUUGGCCACUGAGAAGCUAAAUGAAGGGGCCAAAGAUGUGGUGGAGAUUGCCGUGCCAGAGAACUUGGUGGGUGCCAUUUUGGGGAAGGGAGGCAAAACGCUUGUGGAGUACCAAGAACUGACAGGAGCCCGCAUUCAGAUCUCCAAAAAGGGAGAAUUCGUUCCCGGCACCAGAAACCGUAAAGUUACCAUUACCGGAUCGCCAGCCGCAACACAGGCAGCCCAAUAUCUUAUCAGCCAGCGAAUUACGUACGAGCAGGGUGUGAGGGCCACCAAUCCGCAGAAGGUGGGCUAAAUACAGGGAGUAUGAAAAAGGAGAGAAAGAGUGGGGGAUGGGGAAGAUACAGAGGAAGAGAUGGAGGGCACGUAUAAUGAAGAAAAUCAACCACAUGAUAUGUGGAAAUCUCAGUAUUAAAAAAGAUGAAAAAUCAAGAAAAAAUGUGUAAAAUGUAAAUAUGGGGUUAUUUCUUAAGUUUUGAUCUUUUGGGAUUUUUAUUUGUAGAUUUUUGUUUUGUUUUGUUUUAUUUUUGUGCAUUUUUCUGGACAGCAGUGAAUGGCAUUUCAACCUGGCAUGCUGCCGCGCUGCAGUUCCCAGCAGGUGGGCAAGGGCAAUCGGAGGUCCAAACACCCUGGAAUCAGCCCUUUCCCCACCCCCAUCCCCUCCUAGCUGACAGAUUUUGUUCUUUACUUUUUAGCCCUUAGAUUAAUUCUCUAACCCUUUCACCCAUGCCCCCUUUUCAAGAGGGUCUGGGACCGAAAACACCCAACCCCUCCCCAAUUCUGUGACACCCCAUAUCCCCCCUUGCCCCAGCCCCCCAAUUCCAGCCAGCCCACCCCUGCCUCUGAAGAUGGGGCAGGAUAGGGAAGGGGAUGUGAGGCUGCUACAGGGUCUCUCAGCGUCACUAGACAUUGACCUGGGGUACCAGUUUGACCAGGUGCAUGCCUCGCGAUGCUACUGCAGAUGUUGUUAGCAUAAGGAAAGCUUGUCGUUCACAUUGCGGGACGUAGGCCAGGAUGCAAAAUGCACCUGCUUUGGUCAGAAUUAUUAGUACCAGAGAUUGAGGCAUUUUCUCAAUGGGAUCUGAAUUCUGGUGUUUAUACAAAUACUAUUAUCAUUCUUCUUACUACUACUAUUAUUAUCAUCAACAUCAUCGUUAUUUAUUAAUAUGAUUUCACCCAUAAGGACUGAGGUAUCUUCUUUUUUGUUUUUCUUAAUCUGUGAAUUCAGGUUGACAUGAAUGUAAAGACAAUAUUUUGGAUUUAGUUUUUUAUUUAAGUAGAUUGACUCGUGUGUCCAUGUAAUAUAUGUCUUAUUUAACGUCCAAUGAUAACCGCACCGUAGAGAGAAAAAGGGGCAGAUGUGCUGUACAGUCAUAUCAAUACAGUUAAAAAAACCUCACACGGCCAAACACACACACUCAGCAGAUGUUUGCCACAUAAAGUGCUGAAAAUGCAACUAAAUGGCAGACUUGAAAUCACAACGGGACUAGACAAUUUAUUUACAAAUCUAGUGAAUGAGAAUGUAGGUCUUUGCACAAGUCCAAGGGAGUUAUCAAAAUAUUAUAAAAAUAACGAAAUAUCGAAUUAAAAAGAAAUGUUCCUUCGCAAAAAAGACUCCCCCCUCCUGUUUAGAUCUGCAGUGCUAAAGCCAUUGUGCACUUAGAGCCGCUGCAGUGAAAUGCACACAUUUUCUGUUCAGAAAAUUUGCAUAGACAUCAAAUAAUUUAUGAACUCAUACUACUGAACAACCACAGCCACGAACAAAUUCAUGCUCUGAUCAGCACAGGCUAGUUAGUAACAUGGCCUGCCCUGGAAAUCCUCAGUUUUGUUGAAGCACCAGGUUGGCUGCUCUAUUGUGGCUGAUAUAAAUUGCCAGUGAAUCUUUGACUGUGUAAUGUUUACCAUAUAUUUUCAUAUUAGAGGAUCUCUUUCAGUAUGUUCUUACAAACUGAACGGACGGCCCAUGUAUACAACUUCCUGUGCAGGUUAGAACUACCCAUAUGCGAUGUAUGUGCUGCUAAGAUCCUUUUUCGUUUUUUUUUAUCGGAGUACACUGAAUUUUGUCUUAAUGCACUGUGAAGUGUGGAGGCCAUGAUGGUAGGCCAAAAAGUCAGGGUUCUGUAUUGUUAAUGCAUUGAUGUAUCAUUGAAUGUACUCAUGCGGAGCUAUUUAAACCAACGUCCAUGGAGUCAAUCCAUCGUUCAUCGUAGGGUAGAAGGGAUCAGAGAAUCAGGACUGAAUGAUUUGUUAGGCGGCGGUCAGAGUUUUUGGCAUCAAUCUGCAGUAUCCAAUUAUUCGUUUUCAAGAUGUGCACAAAGUUACGAUCAAAUCCCAAUAACUAACCCCAAGCUGCGGCUAUAUAUUGUGAAGGGGCAGAGGAUGGUAUAUUCUCUAAUUUCUUGUCCUCCGAAAAGGCUAAUACAAAAAGAUAUAUUUAUUCAUUUCUCUGUCUUUUUUAACACAUCAAGGGUGUUUUGUAAUUUUCUAAAUGCAUACAUUAGAACAGAGAGAACUUCCAAACAGAUUGGAUGGCGUACAGGCAUACAGAAUUAGACAGCGCUGUGCUGUCUCUCCCCCGACUAAAGUUAUGAUUCUUUCCUCUCCUUUUGCUAUUGGAGUACCAAGGAGAGUAAAUCUGAACCAAUUGGUAAGGAGGCUUCUUUAUUAUCAUCAACAAAAACCAUCACCUCCCCUCACCUCUUCUCAACCCCUUUUUACCUCCGUGCACUCCCAUUCUGAAACACAUCAACCCAGAGAACCCUCUCUGUCACAUCUCUCCAUGGGUGGCGAUGUCUGGUGUAACAGUGCAUGUGUGCUUGCCCUUUCACGUGACAAUGACGAUACAAAAGGGAAGAUGUUUCUAUAGAGUAGAAAAAAGAGGCUUGCACUCGGUCACAGUCAACCACAUCACACCUGAGUUUGUCACAUCUGGGCCGCUUUUUAAAAAGGGAAUUUGCACAAAGCCACCAAUGUGUUUGUAUGGUGAGUGUGUGUGUGUAUAGCAAGCUCGCAAUCAUAAGUUCGGAUAGAAGUGUCCAGAUGGAACUAUUAGCAGUUGUGCCCUAAGUGGGGAUGUCUAACAAGCGAAGUAAAGAAAAGAUUGUGUUGUGAAACAACAAUGACUCCAGGUACUAAGGAAGCUAGUUGCCCAUUUAUGAGAUAAUGUUUUCCAAAUAAAGGCACAUCGUAGUUAGACACCGUAUUUUUAAGGGAGAGCUAAAAAGAUCAAGAUGGCAAUUGAGCGCCUCCGCAUUUUAGAGUGCAUCUGUGCAUUCGUUUUUUCCCAUGAUGCAGUACUUUAUCAGAUACUUCGGAGCAUGUGGAAGCAGUUAGGUUUCAGUCUCAUUAGAUCCCCCAGAUACGCAUAUAGACACACACAAACAAACACUGACAACGUUUUUUUUUACUAUUUCAAUUGAUUAACACAAAAAGCAAGAUAUUACUGUGACAAUUCAAUGUGAAAACAAAAAAAAGGUGCCAACGAAGUGUCAAGGAGCAGCUUUCUGUUUUUAUUUUUAGAGGGUUUUGUAUUCAGUACUGAAAGUACAUAUGGGGGGUGUCUGUUUUUUUAUUUGUUCGUAACUGGGAAAAUAGAUCAAAUGUGAGUACUGAAAGCAAUAUACGUAGUAGCAUGUCGUCACGUCUUGUCCUUUUGUUCUAUCUGUGUAGGAGCUUUGGAUUUACUUAGAUGUUGAGUAGAUUUGCAUAUACAAUUUUUUAAGUUGUGAAGAUGCUGCUAUUGAAUAAGUGAUGUACUAAAAUUUAAGAUGAAAAACAUAUCUUGUCAGUCAUUUAGCAGGAUUGGUAGUUAUAUGAGGUGUAAUGCUACAUUGAUAAUGAAAUUGCUAUAUCACUGGAUUAAAUAAACCUGUGCCAAAAUAGACCUUUACAGAUUUAAAUGUGAUUUAAACAUCAUUAGUUAAGAGCAGACAUACUUUUGUAAUGAAAAAAUGUGAAAGUGCCAAACAAGUUACGAUAGAACUAAUGGGGGAUAAAAGUGACUAGCAAAAGCAAAACAUAGAAAUUUAGCACUGUAAGAGUUUUCUGCCCCCUUAAUAACUAGUGUUUAUGUGAAAAAAUAGGGAGGGAUUUAUCAGUUAGGCCAAACAAAAGCAGGGUGCCAUGUGGCCAUUAACAAACAUCCCUGGGGCUAGAAGACUGCCGAGUUAGCUUAGCAUGGUUAAAGUUUUAUAAGUUAUCAGCAUUCUUAAGUCAGCCUUUUAUAGUUCUGAAAAUGUAUUUUGUGAAGAUAGAUGUUAUCUUUUUUGCACGUUGAUAUUGCAUGCUACCAAGUGAAGCGUGGAUUUAAAUACUGAGGACACACACACAAAAAAUCAUACAAAAAGAAAAAAAAAACAAUUAGGCAAUGUGCAUUCAUUUUUAAGAAAUCUUUGCAUGGUAAUAACAGUUAGAGCUAUUAAAUUAGCUUUUCCACGUUUUUAAGUUGUGCUAAAACCAAGCUGGGAGAUUUUGUUGUCCAUUAAAACUAUAGGCCACAGCAACCAACAUCUUUCAAAAUCAUUAUCAUAUUCAGCGUCAUAUUUAGAGCACUCAUUUUGUAAACGUUAUCAGCACAUUGUGAUAUUUUGGGGAAAAAAGGGAAGCUGGGAUUGAAAGGUUAAUUUAAUCUAUAUUCUUGUGAACAUUACAACAGUUCAUGAUUUUGAAUGUAUUCACCACUACAUAAGUUUGCAUAUCACUAUGUUGAUCACAUUUUUAGGGCUUGUGUUUGCUGUAAAUUUUGUGUCAGUACUAACAUCAUUAGGCUAUAUUUCUGUUGUUUAGCUUGUUCGGCCAUCAAUGUACAUGAAGCUUGAUUCAUCCUUGUGAUAAUAUGCACUUUAUACUUCUCUUUUAUUUCACGCCACCCCAGUAAAAACAGCCCUAUUUCCAAAUGAGAGCAAUGCUGUGACACUGCUUAACCACUUGAAUCCUUUACCUCAUACUGUAUCUCCACCAAUAAAGAAACAGCAGAACUAUUAAGUGGGCAGAUUAUCGAAGCUGACCAAAAUGGCAGAAUAGUUUUUGAGCUGCAAAAUUUGGAAAUGUUGCUAUUUUGAUAAUGUUUUGUUUUUGAUACAAGGUGCAAAAAGGCAUGUCUGAUAUCAUAAAUGUUUUUUUUAGGGCCAUGCUGAGACUGUGCUUAGUUCAUGGUUGCUAAAUCAGGCGUAUUUUGCGCAUACAGAGGAUGAGUGAGCUCUGUUGCUCAGUUGGAAUAAGGGAUUUUUGUGUUUUGCAUUGAGCAGUUUUGUGUGUGUAUGACAUGCUGUGCAACUCAUGUCAGUGUACCCACACAAGCAAGGCUUAUAUUUUCUUUCCCAGGUUACUGGAUUUAGCUUUGUCACAUGCCGUCAAGUCAAGAUAAAUGCAAACUUAUGGUUUUGCUGAUGUUGAGAAGGUCAUUGCUUUUAUGUGGGCACAUGGCUAGAGCUUGUUGCUCUUCCAAAACCCCACACACUCCCAGUCCAACCCCACCCCAACCUCGCCUUGGGUCCCCCACCAUCAGAAAAUAAAAACCCGGGGUCACUCUUGAGCUUGUACCCAUUGAAGCACCAGCAAUGUUAGAAUACAUUUGUCAUAUCACUGUUUUGUUCUCUCUUUUUUAUUUUCCUGUUUUUAUUUGUAUGACACUCUAACCUAGACCAAGUUAUAACAAAUGUCAUUCACAUGUAUCCUGUUUACUCUCCCUUUUUCUCCCUUUUGCACUUUUCACUGCUCCCCUUUUUUUCCAACCACUCCCCACUCUUCUGCCGACCUCCCCCUCACACCCUCCCAGACUUUCUCCUGAGUGCCAAACAAAAACAGUACCAUUCCAAACUUUUUGAGUUCUCUUGUAUGUCGGACAUCCAUCGGAAGCACCCAUGAAGCCAGCAUGUUUCUCCAUAACAUGAUGUCAGUCAUGACGCCUCAACAUUACCCAAAAAGCAAGCAGUAAAAGCGAGACCUGGAUUAACACGGUAAAAAGGCUGGCUACCUCUCAUAAACUGCUUUUCCUAAUUCUCUGUCAUCUCUUCAACCUCCAGGACAUCACUGAUUAUGUGCCAUAUUGUUGGGGGGGCGCUGUCACUCUCCUCACCCGUCAAGUCUCUCCAUUUGAUUUUUCGAUGGAAAUCAUUAAACGCAAACAAAGAAAAAUCCAUGUUAAUGGCAGGUUUUUUUCUUUAACAUAAACAUGCUCAAAAAAAAGCUGAGGAGUGUAAACGUCAGCUGUGCAGCCAUCUUCUGUCUUCUGAACUUUGAACUUCUCACCCCUCAUGAACUUUAUUGACCUUCUUCCUACCCUUCUAUGUUCAUCAACUGUUUGGACUUAAAAUCUCCAUUCCAUCUCCAAACCUUUUUGAGACUGUGCAAUUCUAGUUGAGAUGAUUGGAUUUCUUUCUUUUUUAAGACAUCAUUGGGGACGAUUCUCAGAGAUACAAAAAAUAAAAACGAACAAACAAACAAAAAAUAUUAAUAAGAUCCAAACUGUUUCUCCACAAUUUCAUUAUUUUUUCUCAUUGUAAAUAUUUGUCAGAUUUUGUUGAACUGUAACCAGAAACGUGUUCAACGUAAAGGGGCUGGCAGCAUAAAAUCGGUUUUGUGGAGUGCUCAUAGGAGCCAGUGAUGGAGAAUCUAAAGUACAGAUGGUUUCAUUUUGGUCUGCCGAACUUAAGCAGCUCCUAUUAGAAGCAAAAAAAAGAAAUGACCACUUUGGUUAAGGGAAGAUGACAAGGUGGAACAGUGCAUUUCUAGAAAUGGGUGUCAAUGCAACAUGAUUUGAUUUUACAUUUUAGACGAGACUUAGAAACAAGUACUGUGCUCCAUGUAACAUGUACACUUGAUUAUUGAAUAUUGGGUAAAGAUCCAUCACUGAGCCACAAACACAAUUCUGCGAUUGUCAGGUGAUCAAAGUGCUAAGCUGCCAGUAAUGUUCUUUAACACUAGUUCGUUCACAUCCAACCAUUUACGCCCCUCAAAAUGCAUAAUCACUACUAACCAUUAAGGUAGUCAAGUAGAAUAGGUUUCAUACUUGAAUUGAUGGUAGAUGCUAAUCUCAUUGUACAUAUCAGAUAUGUCGAGUGUAAAUUGUGAUAAGUGUUGAUUAGAUGUCUUGAUCAUUGCAUCUGUUCAUGAGAUCAUAGAUGAAAAUGUUUCUUUUGAUUAAGAAAGCUCGAUCAUUCUCAUACGUCUCAACCAUGCUUUGAGCUCCACAUCUAAUGUUUCUAUGCUGCCAGCUUUAUUUUCUGAUAACCCUUCAUGAGCUUAUUUAUUUUAAAACUACUAUACACUAUUAAUAAAUGGCAUCAAGAACUAGAAAAAGGGAAUGACUGGAAAGAUGAAUUACUGUUUUGUUUUUAGUAUUUUAGUGGUUUCUUUUAACAUCAUCCAUUAACUGACUUAAAAAGUAUUAAAUAUUUAAUGUAACUGUAGCAUUGUGUUUGUAAAAAAUAGUGAGUUGUGUUUCUUGACUUGUGGAUUACCAGUGAAGUCAGCGAUUUAGUGCUAAUAUCUAUUAAGUCGUUUUUUCUUUUUUAUUUAAGGGUUAUUAUUUUCCGACAGCAACAGCAGUCAUUAUAAAUGUUCAUUUUACCAUCACCUGUCUUCUGUUGUCUUAUUCUUCACCUCCCACUACACUCAGUUUCAUCAAAUAACACAUUGCAAGUUCGUGCCUGAAAUCAUGUGCUCGGUUAGGGGGAGGGGCCAUGCUGCGUGAGUGAUGCGUGUGAUGCGAACGAAUGCGACUGCUGAAAGAAGCUUGGGGGGGUGGGUGUUAUGUCUUCUGUCCACCAAAGCUAAAACCUGUUGGGUUUCCAUUUACCAAUGAAACCUGCUGAUGUUAUAGCUCAAUCCCAUCAUGUAAGCCUAGUUGAUUUUGAUCGUCCAUAACUACCUCCCGUUUCCCAACCACUUUCACUACUACCUCCCCUCCCCUUACGAGCCAUUCCCUCGCCACGCACCCCCACACCAUUUGAUGUGCUUCAUGAUAACAUACUACUCGACCAGACCAACAUUAACUCUGUCCUCAUAACUGCAGAGGAGGCGGCUGCCAGUCAACUCACCCUUCGCUCAUGAUUCGCCACCAUCCCUUACCGGCUGCCGGGGCCACACCCAACUCAAAAUAUUCAUCAUUUUUUUAAACUGUAAAAAGAAUAAAAUACAUUCAAGUGACUCUCAGGGUGUUUACGUAAUCUACCUUAUUCUGUGAAUUCACAGAGCCGUGAUCCAGCUGUCCGUCAAGCUAUUUGAGAAGCCCAAAGACAAUAUACCAUGUAUUGCUUAUCAAGUCUUCGAAAAAAACAAAGAAUGAUAUGCACCCAAUUAAAGAAGCAAAAUGCUGUAAUGUUUACAACCUUAAUGAGACCAACGCUGUUGAAAUAAUGUGUAGGAGUUUAAAGACAAUUCUUCAAUAAUAGGUUAUUUAAAACAGAGUUCAUUUUUAAUGAUAAUUUCUAUGUGACAUGAGGUUAUGUGUUAAUGAGGCAUUUUUGAAACAUUGCAUGUUACUAUUUUUUGCAAUGACUUACAUUUUUUAAAUGUCAGAAUGGCUGGUACCGUGUUACACUAAAGCUACAUUUAGUUGCUAAUAAUAAAAUACAUUGAUGUCAGUGUUCAUCUCGCGUAUCUAAAGGUACCGGACUUCAGUCCGCAAAAAAAUGUGAUUGAAUUACUGUAUAGAAUUUGUUCAUAUUUGUACAUGGUGACAGUGAAAAUAAAGGAUGUACUGGAGGAAUCAGGGAGAAAUUGGUAGAGUUUGAAGGGCCAGGGGGUCACCCACAACACGGACUUUUAUUCACAAGGGCAAGUCAGUCAAACACAACACAGACAGAGCUCAGCCUGUGACUUUAACAGCACAAGAGGUAAGUUACAUUGAAGAAAAAAAGUAUUUUUAAUAUGUGCAAUGUUAAAUUAACAUGAAUUUGGGAUUUUUAAUGACAUCAUACAUUAAUUUAUAUAAAUAUGAUUAUGGUUUAAGAAACUGAUGAAAUUCUAUUUCAUAGGCAGAAAUAAGACAAUCCAAUGGCGAUUUAACUCUAACUGAACUGGUCUCAACAUAUCGACAAGAAAAUUGGCAGCAAGAAACAUGAUUUCACAUUUUUAACAGAGGAUCAAUGACAAAAAGAUGAAAGACUGCAGAAAAUAUUUGUACCGGUGUCACGCUUGUGACUGAUAUGAAUAUGCAGUGUGUGUGAUGUAACAAAAUGUAAUAUGCCAUUACAUGCUUGAAUAGAGCACGGCAACCAGUCGUUUUACACCAGUUUGGAAGACUCAAAAUGAUUUCAGUAACAUCAAGAGGUCUUUCUCUUGAUCAUUGUCAUCCACCCACUUUCUCUGUGCACUAAUUCAUCCAACCUGCAAAAACCACCUUCACGUUCACAACAUCAGCUAAAAGCACUGUGAAGAAUACCAUAACAGCCAUUGGUCAAUGGGCUAGACCCGUAUUACGCUUCAUUGAUCUAAGAUGAAUUCUCCAGGGAAAUUAACAUUCACAUGGUUUUUAACCUGCCUCACCAAACCCACCAUAAAGAAGUAUCUCCAGUGUUCAGAAAAUCAUCUAUUUAAUGGUCUUUUUAUGAUUGCAUAUUAAAAGGUAGACUCACUGAACUAGCCAGCGAUUCUAAUAAGAUACAUUGCAAAACUUUGGUUUUGAGAAUUUGUAGACGUCCUAAACAAAUAUGUCGAGUCGUUCCGAUAAAAAUAAAAAUCAACACCACCCCAAAAUGAGGAUUUCACAAUGGCUGUAAUUCUGUGAUAUCUUCAUCAGGCCCAAUGCUUCCUUUAAGACAUGAAUAAUUAGACCUCUUGACAAGAGUAAUCUCUAUCCAUCUCCACUGGGAUUGGUGGGCUUGUGUAGCUGGGGAAAGUUGGAGCUCUAUCAUUUCAAAUGUAUCUAAUCUCGCUAAUUGUGCACCUUUAUAAGCCUCGGGCCACAAUUGAUUUUUUCCCUCCCCUGCACAGCUCCUACCCCUCGCAUCAGUUCUCAUCCAAGACCCUGCAGACUUUCCCUCCUUUCAGCCCAGCUGUUCCAGAAAGCAAGCCUAACUGUUUCGGCCUGCCUCUCCUCAGAGGGGGUGUAAAAGGAGCGAGAGUGUGCAAGAAGCAGACAAGAAUAUGCUCUCAGCCCUCAUAAAUCCCUAGAGUUGGAAAGCAGACCUAUGGAACAUGUGCAAAGAUCUCCAGUCCUUCGUCCAACACUUAUUUAGGGAGAACACACAGUACUCUGUUCGGAUCAGCUUGGGCUACAAGUUAGGACUUAUUAGAUAUAUUAUCCCCAGAAGUAUUUGGACACUUAAGUCACUGGAAAGGCAUUGCAUUAGAUACAACUUUUCUUAGAAAUUUGUUUAUUUCUUAGCCUAUUGAUGCAAGUUCCUCUUCAGACCAAACAGUUGUCCUAUAGCACAGUGACUACCACAUGAACAUGUUCUACUAAAACCAGACAACCUUAUAUACUGUAUCUCCAAUUAAAAAUUUACGAAUGUUUUUAAAAUGCUUGAAAACCGUUAAAAAAGAUAUUUUCAUAUUUAUUGCAGCAAUAUUUGUACAUUUUAGGUGUUAUUUAGGUGCCCAAAUACUUUUUGGGGUUGUGGUAUAUUGUUUACGGAUUUGUAUGGAAUCAUGCUAACUAUUCUAUAGAAGAAUAAGCUACUGUAAAAUAAACCGUGUGCUGGAAAAAUGAAAGAUUAAAAUGAACAAAACAGACACUUGUCUCUACAAAUUUGCAAGAGGAAAUAAUUUUGCUUCGCAGUUUGCAAAUCAGCUUUCAGUCUGUAUCGCUGGCUCCCUCUUGUUUUCCUUGUUUAACAAAUGUGCAACGUUGCUAAAGUGAACAGCAUGAAUUCAGCAUGAAAUCUGUACAUGUUCUUGGGCUGACUCCUUAAAAAUUGCUAGAAUACAAAAUCACUCAGUGUGACGCAGUCUAAUCGAUUUAAAGCCAGUGCAUCUCUCAGCUACAUAAAGGGUUGUGCUGAUAAAGAAAGUAGCUGUCACAUUUAAGCGAGGUAGAAUGGUCCACCCGAAGAGAAUAAAACAAAAGUCAGCAAUCUGAUCCUUAAAGCAGAAAAAAUACUUGGUCCUUGUUUGCCCCACAAGUAUUAUUUGAUACUUAUUUUAUACUUAAAUAUAUAUGUCUAUUGGUAGUCAUUGUAGAAAUUUGACCUUAAAAACUGUUUUAAGACCAAACCAAAUCAGUUAGUAAUAAACUAAUGGUGGUCUUUAAGAAUAUGGCCUUUAAUCAGCAAUAAUGUGUAAAACUUUAUAAGCUGUCUUUUUAAAGCUUUGAUAUAUUUAUUUGAAUUUGCAGCGUUACAAUGUGUCCACUGUAUUCUGACAAACCAGAAACCUACAAAUUUCAAAAAAAUAAUUGAUAGGUUGAAUCCCUCUUAGGUAUUUAUGUGUAUUUUAAAUUAUAUUUUUUCAGUUAUUUGAUUUAUUUCUGCUCUACUGUAAGUGCAAUUUUACAAGCAGACUGUAAUAUGCUGUACCAGGAUAAUGCUGUCUAAAUCUACUGUGAAAAAAUAUGCUUCCAAGAAGAUAAUAUUGACCUUUAAAAUGAUUAAAUGCACUCUCUUUAGUGUUGUAAACUCUCUUAGGUGGGAAUGGCUAGAUUAUAAAAAUCCAGUCAGUUAAAUUCUAUUAAAUCUCCAUUUUAUUCUAUUAAAUCUCUGGUUGCAUCGGUCACUACGGAAACACUGAAAAUAAUUGUAAUAAUUUUGUAUGCUUUUUUCUUGCUGUUGUAAUAUUUCUAACAAACGAAGCGGAAAAAUGAUCUUAGAGUUCAUACAUAUUAUAAAAAUAACUUUUAACAUAAGUGUUUUAUGAGUAUAUGUACAUAAGACAAAGAAAGAUAAAUUAAGAAAGUUGCAAUGCAAAGCUGUGAUUUUAAAGCACUGUAGCGUGUACAGUGAUAUGUUUUUAUCAAUUUUAUGGUACAUAUGAUAUGUUCUGCAUUUAUGCAGUUUUUUUUCUUUAUGUUCAUGAGCAUAUGCUUUAAUAAAUAUCUUUUUACAGUAUA